GCGCGCGCUGAUGACGCGCGGCGCGCCGGCCCUAGCGACGGCGGUCUCCAGGGAGCGGGCGCGCUGCACCGCGGCAUGGACGCGACCACCGCCCCGCACCACAUACCCCCGGAAAUGCCCCAGUACGGGGAGACGUACCACGUCUUCGAGCUGAUGCAGAACAUGCUGGAGCAACUCCUGAUCCACCAGCCCAAGGACCCCAUCCCGUUCAUGAUCAGUCACUUGCAACAAGACAAUGAUAAUGUGCCGAAGAUUGUGAUAUUAGGUCCACCCGCCUCGGGGAAAACAACCAUAGCAAUGUGGCUGUGCAAACAUCUGAGCAGCAAUCUCGUCACGGUGGAGAACCUGAUAGCCAGAGAAUUUUCCUCGCUGGCUGAGGUUGCCGGGAAGCAUUAUCAGAAAAUGAAGAAACUGUCCAGCACACAGCUCAUCAAACUGAUUCAAGAACGCCUGAAGGAGGGUGACUGCGUCAGGCAGGGCUGGAUUCUGGAUGGCAUCCCUGAAACUCGGGAGCAGGCCCUGUCGAUCCAGACCCUCGGGAUCACCCCCAGACAUGUCAUUGUGCUGAGCGCUCCAGACACUGUCCUGAUUGAGAGAAACUUGGGGAAGAGAAUCGACCCUCAAACGAGAGAGAUUUAUCACACCACCUUUGACUGGCCCUCCGAAUCUGAAAUUCAGAACCGACUGAUAGUGCCGGGGGGCAUCUCGGAGCUGGAGACGGCACGGAAACUGCUGGAAUAUCACAGGAACAUCAUCAGGAUCCUCCCCGCUUACCCCAAAAUCCUGAAAGUCAUCAAUGCUGACCAGCCGUGUGUGGACGUCUUCUACCAGGCUCUGACCUAUGUCCAAACCAACCAUCGAUCUAAUGCCCCGUUCACCCCACGGGUGCUGCUUUGUGGGCCCAUGGGCAGUGGGAAAAGUCUGCAGGCGGCCCUCCUGGCCCAGAAAUACGGCCUUGUCAACGUCCACUGUGGGCAACUGUUGAAAGAGGCUGUAGCAGAUGAGUCAAAAUUCGGGGAGCUCAUCCAGCCCUAUUUUCAGAAGGAGAUGGCAGUCCCUGACAGCAUCAUCAUGAAGGUGCUGAGCCAGCGCCUGAGCCAGCAGGACAGCAUUCAGAAAGGGUGGGUGCUGCACGGCUUCCCAAAAGACCUGGACCAGGCACACAUGCUGAACAGCCUGGGCUUCCAGCCCAACAGGGUGUUUUUCCUGAAUGUGCCAUUCGAUUCUGUCAUUGAGCGGCUGACCCUGAGGAGAAUCGAUCCUGUCACCGGAGAAAGGUACCACCUCAUGUACAAGCCCCCUCCAACCGUGGAAAUCAAGGCCCGCCUCCUGCAGAACCCAAAGGAUACUGAAGAGCAAGUCAAGCUCAAAAUGGAUCUGUUCUACAGGAAUUCCUUGGAGCUGGAGGAGUUCUAUGAGCACACCAUCACCCUCAAUGCGGACCAGGACCCAUACACAGUGUUUGAAUACAUAGAGAGUGGGAUCAUUAAUCCUCUGCCCAAGAAAGUCCCCUAAUGGGCUCUGAGCAAGGAGCAUCCUGCAGGGAAACAAAGUUAAUGCCCUCCCCAACCUCCUGGAACCUCAGCCGAGCCAAUAAAGAGUGCUGGGUGCA